GCGGAGCGCGAGGAGGUGGAGCCGCGGGCUGCGGGCUCCGGCGCCUGCGUCCGCCCGGCCAGCCCGGCUCUGCGUUGCGAGAGGCCGGACGGGAGUCGCGGCUGCGCUCCGGAGCGAGCGCGGGGGACAUGGGGCGCGGCGGCCCGCCUGGGCCUCGCAGGCUCCGGAGCCCCGAGGGCUCCCCGCUAGGCCUCUUCAGUGGCCCCUCUUUCUCACCCGGGUCUCGGGUCCCUUAGUGAGCGAGAGCAUCCUCAGCCGCCUACCCGGCCAUGGCCAACGGAGUGAUCCCGCCGCCCGGGGGCGCCUCCCCCCUACCCCAGGUCCGGGUGCCCUUGGAGGAGCCCCCUCUAAGUCCAGAUGUGGAGGAGGAGGACGAUGACUUGGGGAAGACCUUGGCUGUGAGCAGGUUUGGGGACCUCAUCAGCAAGCCCCCGGCCUGGGACCCUGAGAAGCCCAGCCGCAGCUACAGCGAGCGGGACUUUGAGUUUCACCGACACACAUCCCACCACACCCACCACCCGCUCUCAGCGCGCCUGCCUCCACCCCACAAGCUGCGGCGGCUGCCCCCCACCUCUGCCCGGCAUACCAGGAGAAAGAGGAAGAAGGAGAAAACCUCUGCUCCCCCCUCCGAGGGGACCCCUCCCAUCCAGGAGGAGGGGGGAGCUGGAGUGGAUGAGGAAGAGGAGGAAGAGGAGGAAGAGGAAGGAGAAUCUGAGGCAGAACCUGUGGAGCCCCCACCCUCAGGGACCCCACAGAAGGCAAAGUUCUCCAUUGGAAGUGAUGAGGAUGAUAGUCCAGGCCUCCCUGGGAGGGCUGCUGUCGCCAAGCCCCUGCCCUCGGUGGGCCCACGCACUGACAAGAGCCCCCAGCACUCCAGCAGGCCCUGCUCUGAGCUGAGGGACGGUGACGGAACCACCGACCUGGCCCUGUCAAGUCCAAGGCUGCUGUGUUGCCUCCCCAGCUCCCCCAGCCCCCGGGCCCGGGCCUCCCGACUCGCUGGGGAGAAAAGCCGGCCCUGGAGCCCAUCGGCCAGUUAUGAUCUGCGGGAGCGACUGUGCCCAGGCAGUGCCCUGGGCAACCCAGGUGGUCCAGAGCAGCAGGUGCCCACAGAUGAGGCGGAGGCCCAGAUGCUGGGUUCUGCAGACCUGGAUGACAUGAAGAGUCACCGGCUGGAGGACAACCCUGGUGUGCGGCGACACUUAGUGAAAAAGCCAUCCCGGACACAGGGCGGGAGGGGCAGUCCCAGUGGCCUGGCCCCCAUCCUUCGCAGGAAGAAGAAGAAGAAAAAGCUGGACCGGAGGCCUCAUGAGGUGUUCGUGGAGCUGAACGAGCUGAUGCUGGACCGCAGCCAGGAGCCCCACUGGCGGGAGACGGCCCGCUGGAUCAAGUUUGAGGAGGAUGUGGAGGAGGAGACAGAGCGCUGGGGGAAGCCCCACGUUGCCUCGCUCUCCUUCCGUAGCCUUCUGGAGCUCAGGAGGACCAUCGCCCAUGGAGCUGCCCUCCUGGACCUGGAGCAAACCACCCUGCCAGGCAUUGCACACCUCGUGGUGGAGACCAUGAUUGUGUCUGACCAGAUCCGGCCGGAGGACAGGGCCAGCGUCCUACGUACCCUGCUACUGAAACACAGCCAUCCCAACGAUGACAAGGACAGUGGCUUCUUUCCCCGAAACCCAUCGAGCUCCAGCAUGAACUCGGUUCUGGGGAAUCAUCACCCAACCCCCAGCCAUGGCCCUGAUGGGGCGGUGCCUACCAUGGCUGAUGACCUGGGGGAGCCAGCCCCACUCUGGCCACAUGACCCUGACGCCAAGGAGAAGCCCCUCCACAUGCCUGGGGGAGACGGUCACCGGGGGAAAAGCCUGAAGCUGCUGGAGAAGAUCCCUGAAGAUGCUGAGGCCACCGUUGUGCUUGUGGGUUGUGUGCCUUUCUUGGAGCAGCCUGCAGCAGCCUUUGUGCGGCUGAAUGAGGCUGUACUCCUGGAGUCUGUGCUUGAGGUCCCUGUCCCGGUCCGCUUCCUCUUCGUGAUGCUGGGGCCCAGCCACACCAGCACUGACUAUCACGAGCUUGGGCGCUCCAUUGCCACCCUUAUGUCUGACAAGCUGUUUCAUGAGGCUGCCUACCAGGCAGACGACCGGCAAGACCUCCUGAGCGCCAUCAGCGAGUUCCUGGAUGGCAGCAUUGUGAUCCCCCCGUCCGAGGUGGAGGGCCGUGACCUGCUACGCUCCGUGGCUGCCUUCCAGCGAGAGCUGCUCAGGAAGCGGCGGGAGCGUGAACAGACCAAAGUUGAGAUGACCACACGGGGUGGCUACACGGCCCCUGGGAAAGAACUGUCUUUGGAGUUGGGGGGCUCCGAGACGACCCCUGAAGAUGACCCCUUGCUGCGGACGGGCUCGGUAUUUGGGGGGCUUGUGCGGGAUGUGAGGCGCCGGUACCCGCACUACCCCAGUGACCUGCGAGAUGCGCUGCACUCCCAGUGUGUGGCCGCUGUGCUCUUCAUCUACUUCGCAGCCCUCAGCCCUGCUAUCACCUUCGGGGGGCUGCUGGGAGAGAAGACCGAGGGGCUGAUGGGCGUGUCUGAGCUGAUCGUGUCCACCGCUGUGCUCGGCGUCCUCUUCUCUCUGCUGGGGGCUCAGCCCCUGCUCGUGGUUGGCUUCUCUGGGCCGCUGCUCGUGUUUGAGGAAGCCUUCUUCAAGUUCUGCCGAGCCCAGGACCUGGAGUACCUCACUGGCCGGGUGUGGGUCGGCCUCUGGCUGGUGGUCUUCGUCCUUGCCCUAGUGGCCGCCGAAGGCAGCUUCCUGGUCCGCUACAUCUCGCCUUUCACGCAGGAGAUCUUUGCCUUCCUCAUCUCACUCAUUUUCAUCUAUGAGACCUUCUACAAGCUCUACAAGGUGUUCACAGAGCACCCACUGCUGCCAUUCUACCCCCCUGAGGGGGCCCUGGAGGGGUCCCUGGAUGCUGGUCUGGAGCCGAAUGGCAGUGCCCUGCCCCCCACCGAGGGCCCACCCAGCCCGAGGAACCAGCCCAAUACGGCACUGCUGUCACUCAUCCUCAUGCUCGGGACCUUCUUCAUCGCCUUCUUCCUUCGCAAGUUCAGGAACAGCCGCUUCCUGGGGGGCAAGGCUCGCCGCAUCAUCGGGGACUUUGGCAUCCCCAUCUCCAUCCUGGUGAUGGUCCUGGUGGAUUACUCCAUCACAGACACCUACACGCAGAAGCUGACUGUGCCCACAGGGCUCUCGGUGACCUCUCCCGAUAAGCGCUCAUGGUUCAUCCCACCCCUGGGCAGUGCCCGUCCUUUCCCGCCCUGGAUGAUGGUGGCAGCCGCUGUCCCCGCCCUCCUCGUCCUCAUCCUGAUCUUCAUGGAGACACAGAUCACGGCGCUUAUCGUCAGCCAGAAGGCACGGAGGCUGCUCAAGGGCUCUGGUUUCCACCUGGACCUGCUCCUCAUUGGCUCUCUUGGGGGGCUCUGUGGGCUGUUUGGGUUGCCCUGGCUCACGGCUGCCACGGUCCGCUCUGUCACCCAUGUCAAUGCGUUGACAGUGAUGCGUACUGCCAUCGCUCCUGGUGACAAGCCCCAGAUCCAGGAGGUGCGGGAGCAGCGGGUCACUGGUGUGCUCAUCGCCAGCCUCGUGGGCUUGUCCAUCGUCAUGGGGGCUGUGCUGCGUCGGAUCCCGUUGGCUGUGCUCUUUGGGAUCUUCCUGUACAUGGGGGUCACGUCCCUGUCUGGUAUCCAGCUGUCCCAGCGUCUGUUGCUCAUCCUCAUGCCAGCAAAGCACCAUCCUGAGCAGCCCUAUGUGACCAAGGUGAAGACGUGGCGGAUGCACCUGUUCACCUGCAUCCAGCUGGGCUGCAUUGCACUGCUCUGGGUGGUCAAGUCCACGGCGGCCUCACUCGCCUUUCCCUUCCUGCUGCUGCUCACGGUGCCUCUGAGGCAUUGCCUUCUGCCCCGGCUCUUCCAGGACAGGGAGCUGCAGGCGCUGGACUCGGAAGAUGCUGAACCAAACUUCGAUGAGGAUGGCCAGGAUGAGUACAAUGAGCUGCACAUGCCAGUGUGACCCUGGAAGACGUGUCCCUCAGAGAUCCCAAGACCUUAGAGAUUGACACCUGGGCCUCAGGUAGAGCCCAGCCCCGGGCCGGGGGGCUCCUCAGGACCCAGAGAUGUGCCUGGAACCACUCCUGAUGCCAUGGCUAGAGUGGCCCCCAUGACUUCUGCCCGGGGCAUUGACCUCGCCUCACCUUUCACGGACCAGACCGGCACAGGCUUUGAGCUCAUUAUAACCACACUCCUUGUCUCGUGUCUGCCUCA